GGGUACACGUCACGGGGAGCUGGCGCGGGGCAGAAGUUUGACAGGAGCUCGAGCGGCGGCGGCGGCGGGGCGGUUGGUCGGUCGGACGGACGGACGAGCGGCGGAUCUCCCUCAGCACCCGCGGGUAAACCGGGCCCUUCUCUCGCCUUAAACCCGGGCCGUCCUCCACAGACGACACCCUGCCUGUUUUUCUGGGCGCUUUAUUUUGUUUCUGGUUGAAUUUUGUGUGAGGGGCUACGUUGCCAGGGGAAACUAUGUCUCGCAAGCCCGAGGAUAUCAACAGGCUCACGGAGAACACCUACAAGACUGUAUUGGAACAGUUUAAUCCAGGAUUACGGAAUCUCGUAAAUCUAGGCAAAAAUUAUGAAAAAGCUGUUAGUGCUAUGGUGGCUGCAAGCAAGACGUACUUUGAUGCCAUUUCAAAGUUAGGAGAGCUGAGUUCCCAAUCACCGGUCUCCAGAGAGUUGGGGCAAGUCCUAAUGGAGAUUUCAGAAGUUCACAAGAAACUCAACUUUGAAAUGGAAGAUAAUUUUAGGAAAUUUCACAAAGACAUAAUAAGUGAACUGGAAAAAAAAACGGAUCAAGAUGUGAAAUACAUGAAUGCAACUCUUAAGAAGUAUCAAACAGAACACAGAACUAAAUUAGAUUCCCUGGAAAAGUCUCAAGCAGAACUCAAAAAACUUCGAAGAAAAAGUCAAGGAACAAAAAAUGCAUACAAAUAUGAAAAUAAAGAAAUGGAGUUUCUAGCAACUAUCAGUACAAGAGAAAAUGACAUUCAGAGGUUCAUCACUGAUGGCUGCAAGGAGGCUUUACUUGAAGAAAAAAGACGGUUCUGCUUCCUGGCAGACAAGCACUGCAGUUUUUCCCAAGAUCUAAGCAAUUAUCAUGAAAAGGCUAAUGGGCUCCUUCGUGCCAAAAUAAUUAAUUGGCAGGACAAGUGCUUGGAAGCCACAAAGGUGCCGGACUUUUUGAAUGAAGAUGAUGGUGGCCUCCCAUCAUAUCUAUCCAAAACUCCUCAACCUUCUCCAAUGAUAGGAAGAUACUCUGUGCAUGAUGCUGGAUUACAGAAUAAUUUAAAAAUACCACCAGCUCCUCCUGGAAAAAUUCAGAAAAGUCCUUUGCCAGAUAUGUUCAACAACCCGAAUGCACAACGCAUGGCCCCUAUUGAGAGAAAUAUUGAUACUACAGAGGAUGUCAGUCUAUCAAGAUCCAUUUCUGUUGCAACUGGACUGAAUAUGGUUCAAAGGCCAAAGGUGAAAAGCAUUUUUCCACACACUGCAGGAAAUAACAAGAAUAUGUUGAGCUUUGCAGAAGGGGAUGUGCUAACACUUCUGAUACCAGAAGAAAAGGAUGGCUGGCUGUAUGGAGAACAUGACAUGACCAAAAUGAGAGGUUGGUUUCCAACUUCCUACACCAGGCCAAUAGAACAAGGUCCAGAUAUGUCGCCCGGACUCAGCACAGCUCCUGCACGGAGUAUGAGCAUCCUGAAUCUUGCAGAGAGGUCAAAUGUUGCCCUACCUCCUCCAGAUUACGAAUCAAUGCCAGUUAGACAUCACAAGGAAAUGACAUUCCACUCUUACAGCAGUGCCCCAAACAGAGGAAUUCUACCUCAACCAGACAAUACAAAUUCAAGUUCAGAGGUGAAUGGCACUAUGAAACCACCUUUCCUCAGCGGGGGAAAUCCUUUUGCUACAGUAAAACUCCGACCAACGGUCACAAAUGACAGAUCGGCACCCGUUAUUUAGUGUGCGGGUAACAAAUGUAGCUCCUGUACCAGAUGUGAAAUGGAAACCAACAGAUGCUAUUCUAAAUUGACAUUAUAUAUACAAUCAUGCCUUCCACACAAGCUGCUGUCUUUACAUUUAUCCUUGUAAUAUCAGUUAUUUAUGCUAUUAUUCAAAUUAAUUGUAAAAUCACUCCUAUUUUAUAUAGAUAAUGGAGGGACAGUUGCUAUUAGUUAUGAAAGAAUACAGCAUUUACAGUGGCUCUUGUUACUAAACAUUUACAUGGGGGGGGAGGGGGAAGAAGUUUUUUUGUUAGGAUUUAUUCACUGUUUGAAAAUGUUGUUGCCUUCCAAAAUCCCAAUGCAUCAGACAUUCUCAUGUACCAGCUUGUGUACUAUUUAAGCAGGAAUUUAUUACAUUUGAUGUUUAAUAUCUAGUGAAAAAUAUUGUUCAAAAAGUCUUGUAAAUGUAUUACUCAUUGUUUGUUGAGGAAUAAGGUUCUAAAGGCUGCGUGUGCCGGCUUUGAGUGCUCACGCAACAACCAGAUGCAGGCUCAUUGUUUAUGAAACUAGUGAUAGGCUAGAACAUAUUUUGUUUUGGCAUCAGUGAGGGAAGCCAUAGACAUGUUAACCAGCUGUAUCUAUUGAUUUUUUUUUUCUCUCAGGGAUGUAUGUUUUCUUUUAAUCUUUCUUUCCUAUUUUCUGUUCCAUUUAUGAACCUUUCUUUCCCAUCUCCCCCUUCUUCCCUGACCUUUUUAUAUUUAGACCUAAUUGGAGUCAGUUUGAAGGUGAUGGGUAUUAAUUGCCAUAUUUUGACAUAAAAGAGAGAAUCCAAAAGAUAUUCUCCCUCCUUUCCUCUUCUAUUUAAUUUUGCAUUUUAAUUUGUGUAUGUGUGAAACAUUUUACAGAUGAGCCUGACCGAGGAAAAGAUGGAUUAAUAUUUUGUAUAUCAUGGUAAUUUUGACUUGAACUUGACAUUUUGCACGUCAAACCCAGUCUAAAUUGAUGGUGACCCACGCCACAGCUAGAAUUUCAAACUGUCUUUUUCCAUUACGGAUACUGAUGGACUGCUGCACUUUUCCAACGUUUGCAUUUGAGUUGCACCUUUUUUCCAUCGCUGCUGUAAGUAAAUGCGCAGCCCUACAGUAGCCUGAUCAGCAUGCUUCCUGAAACCUAAAUGCUGCAGCAGAGCCACUUGAAAUGCAUUCUAAAUGUAUCAGCCAAAGAUUAAUUGAUUUAAAGAAAGCAUAUUUAGUAAGGUUAGUGCUGUCCAUUUGUUCUUUUGAGUUGUGCCAUAGAGAUGAUCCCCUUUUAAAAUGAUUUGUGUGUGCAGAAAUGCUUUGUGCUUUUACCUCUCGGUCUGAGGGCUUCACAGUUAUAGUCGAAUAGACUCUAGGUAGCAAACAGCAAAAUUCCAAUAAGCGAGUCUGAACACAGUGGCUUUUUUUUACCUCCUGCCUACACUUCAAUCCAUUGCAACAAUUCCUAUCAAUUCACAUCUUCAGGCAUAUUUUCUCUGAAUUUGUGGGGGUUUUCCCUUCUGCAUGGAGAAGUAUCAGGUCUGUUUUAUUUUAAUCACCCUCUGUGUCACCUCUUCAGGCAUUUGUCACUUUGACUUUGGGAGUAUUUUGCUUUAUGUAACCUACUGAGACUGGUGACAAUACUUUAGAAAUGAACAGUGAAUAUGGCAAAGAUCUGAAUACAGUUGUGUGUUAGGACCAAAAUGCAACUCCUAUGGCCAAUGGAGCAAUUAAAAUAGCAUGUCAUUUCUGUUGCAGGCAUUUUUCUGCAGGGCCUUUCUAAAGAUGGGGAAAUAUGAGACCCAUAUAUGUAAAUUCAAAAUCUUAACAUGUGGUAGUGCAUUUUUCAAGGUGUAUAAGAUUCAGAAGGCCAAUUCAAUUAAGAAAGAAAAUCUGCAUCCAUCCAACUCUUAAAGGGCUCUAAAAAGAGUUCCUAUCUAAAAAGCCUUUUCCAAAUGUGGCAACUCAAAUUUGACUUUGCCUUUCACCAUUUUGAACUUGAGACCUGUACAUUUUCGUAUAACCUUGCUGUGGAGUUUGGUAUUUAUUGGUUUAAUAAUUCCACCGUUCACUUUUCCACAAGGCUGACACUGCAUUAAGUUGUUGAAGACUUGUUCAUCCUGCUGAUGUUGGAAGUAAGAUUUAAGGCUGUUAUUGCCAUGUGAAGUUUAAUCAGCCUAUGAAUAUGUAAAUAAAAAGACUACAGAUGCUUGAAAUAUGAAAUAAAAACAAAAUUCUGGAAAGAGUCAGCAGGCCAGGUAGCAUUGGUGGAAAGAAACCGUUAAUGUUUCACAUCAAAGACCAGGUUGCAGGAUCUUUGACCUAAAAUAUUACAUCAGUUAUCCUUUCCACCAAUGCUACAUGCUCUGCUGAAAGCCCCCAACAUUUUCUGUUUUUAUUUCUACUGUACAUCUGCCUCUGACUUGCAUUCAAUUGACCUAAUCAGACUCGAUCAGUAUCUUUUUCUUCCUUUGGUUGCUCGACUGUAACCACACAUCAAGUGUAACUGCCCCCUCAGCUCCUAUUUCUACUUUAAGUAUUUAACCCAAAGAUUUGACUCAGAUGCAGGGAAGAGACCAGAAUCCAUUGCAAGUUUAAUAUUUGAAUGGUAGAUUAGUUGCUGCAUUUCAGUGAUUUUUUUUUAAACUGUUGUCACUUAGCAUUCCUUUUCUCCAGUUUCUGUCAGUAGUUUCCACAAUAAACCCAUGCAUUUAUUGAUGAUAUUUAGCAUAAACAUAGUUAAUGUCAUAUUCAUCUCUGAAUUAUUCUAUUAAGAGCAAUAUUAGAUUAAUUCUGUCUCAGGUCUCUGUCCUGCCUCGAAACUGCAAUUUGUAGAAUAAGUGGGAAAAAUAGCACUACACUCUGCAAAGUAGAAGAGAUGCAGAUGAAGAACCAAAGUAUUUGUUUAAUAUGUAAUGUGAUUAAAUUGAUGAGGUAAAGUUAAUUCUAAAUAUUUAGCAUUACAUUACUGAAGAAUCUGUAUUAGAAUUAAGCUUCCCACUGAAGGGAUAUAAUUUAUGUAGGAGAGUUUGUCCAUGACGAGAUUAGCAAUAAGAUUUCAAAUAUCUAUCUCUCUCCAGUGAAAAUGCAAUAAAAUGUGUAACAUACAUUGUCAAGAGACAACAUUUACUGUAUGAUGGUGUAUUUUAUAGGGAGGAUCUCAGUUAAGCAAUAUGAUUUAAUGUUGAACAACUAUGUGUGUGCUGCCUUUUAAUCUACUACCAACAACCUUAACAAGACCGAGUGAAUUACCUGACUGAAAAUACCCUCACUUGUAUAGUGUUUGGGGAGACCAGAUUUGUAAUUGUCCUCUGGGUAUUUCACAGUACAAGUAGGCACACAUGUCAAAAUUUUCAGCAUCUCGUUUUUCUGACAUUCCAGUGCCAGCACAGCAAUGUUUGUGAAGCAGCAUUAUAACUCUGGCAAUUAAUUGUUGGUAUUUAAUAAACCCAUUUAACUUGUUUGUACACUGGCUGGGCAGAGCUGAAGAAUACCCUGGCUGAUGAUCCCUCAGGGUUUUCUGCGAACCAAGCUUUGUAAAAUACAAAUAUUGUGAAUGCCACCAUGGAAGUCUAUGCAAUCAUUUACAACAACUGCAAUACAUGGCUGGUACAUAUUCCUAACUUUUUAUUUCAAAUUGCACUUGCCAAGACUCUGAAAUCUUUUUAGAGGUUGUGUUUAUCCAGGAGCUUUAAUAUUUCAAUGUUGCUUAGUGUGCAGAGCUAUAGUUAAUAAUACAUGACUCUUGAGUUCCUUUUGAAUAUCACUGGACCAUAGUUGAACAAAUGUCUGGGAUUUACAGGCACAGCUAAAUGGAAUAACUAAUCUUCUCAUCAUGUCUGUAGGACUGCUAUAUACAAAUUACUUGCAUAUUUGUCCAGAUAAUUGCAAUAAUCACUCUUCAAAAAAAAAACACUCGUCCAGUGAUGAAGUUGAUAAAUGAAUGUAUGUUCUCAUUUUUGUCAAUGAUAGUGUGGCUGAGAUACAGAGACCGGAUAGAUUGGGCUUCUUUUCCCUGGAGUGAAGGAGGCUGAGGGGUGACCUGUUAGAGGUGUAUAAAAUUAUGAGGCAUAGAUAGGUUAGAUAGAACCUGUUUCAGGGUAGGGGUAUCAAAAACAAGGGGGCAUGGUUUUAAGGAAAAAGUUUUAAAGGGAACUUAAGGGGGAAGUUUUUUUUUACAGAGGUUGCUAAAUGAAAUGCUGCCAGAGGAGGUGAUGGAAUGAGGUACAAUCAUUAUGUUAAAGAUGCACUUAGACAGACACUUAUUAGGCAAGGCCUAGUAGGAUACAGACCUAGUGCAGGCAAAUGGGAUUAGUGUAUACGUAAAAAGGUCAGCAUAGACGUGGUGGGCCAAAGGGCCUGUUUCUGUGCUGUACAACUCUGACAAUACAUACUUUCUCUUGACUAGUCACCAGGUAUGCAGGGAUCAGUGUAAAGUCUGCAAGUGAAAUAUAGCUUUAUCCCUACUGGGUGUUUGGGGCAGGAGACUGUUGGACAAGCUCUGUGUUUUUUUGAAUUGUGCUUAUUGAAGGCAGUUGAGGCCUGGGUUCAGAUUUUAGCCUUUUGUCUUGAUGUCCAAUUAAGACAAACCUGGUGUUGGAAGGUAAAGCUGUCUAACAUCUGCUAAGUCAGAUUUUUAUAUUGCAAACACUACCCUGACUUUGCUCUGGCUCCAAGUAGAGCUGAAAUAUCUGUCCAUUGAAAACUGGUUAUCCCAAUAACUACUGUUUAUGCACUAAGAUGGUGACAAACACCUGCCACCAGUACAAACCAGAUGUGGUAUCAGACUUGCAUUUCCAGAAAGCCUCCUUAAUACAGAACAGUUAAAGCUUAGAUAAAACUAAUUAUCAGACAAUCCUACAAGAAAAUAGGAGCGUGCCCCACCAUUCAAUAUGAUCAUGGCUGAUCUAUGCUGGCUUCAACUCCUCUUCCAGGCCAAUUCCCCACGACCUUCAAUUCCUCGAUCUUUUAAAUAUUUACCUAUCCCCACCUUAAAUAUAUCUAAUGAUGUGGCCCCCACCACCCACGGGCAGAGAAUUCCAGAAAUCCACUACCCUCGGAGAGAAGAAAUUUCUAUGCAUCUCGGUUUUAAAUGACUGGCCCCUUAACCUGCAGCUAUGUUCCCUUGUUUGUGACUCUCCCACUAAUGAAAACACCUCAACGUCUACCCGGUCAAGCCCCCUUAGGAUCUAUCUAUUUGAAUAAGGCCACCCCUCGUUCUAAACUCCAAGGAAUACACACCAAUGAGUUGAAACAUUUACACAAGAAAGCUGAAAGAGUUUAAAUUUUGAGUUUUGCAAGUUCAUAAAGGGGGAGCAGGGUAUGAGUAGGCUUUUUUAAGUUUUAGUUUUUAAGUUGGCAUGAAAGGAAAUCUGCUUUUAAAAAAUGAGAUUGCUUAUUUAAACAGAUUAUACAGGUCAAAGUGACAUCCAGGACACAAUGCUGAAUCAAACCUGCUUCCAUUUCCAAACUCAACUCUUCAUUUUCUACACUCUUAAGACUAACUGCUGCGUAAAUAAUGGUUAUAUAUUAAAAAUAUUCUUUCAAAAUAUUUCAUUUGAUUGCUGCACUAAUUAGUGAACAGAUGCUCCUUAACAUUUAAAAAAUGUUAUCACAACCACAUAACAUCUGUUUUAUGCACAUAUGAAUAUUUGUGUAUUUUUAGAUUGGUGUGUUCAUAAAUAUUAAAUCAGAUCUGAAUGUGCAUGCAGAUUUAAAUGUUUAAGGCUGGUGCAGUAUUAGCAUAGUUAUAAGCAGUAAUCUUAUGCAAAAUCACCGUCCAGACUGCUUGGAGGAAACUAGUGAAGUACUUAGUAGUUUCCUAACACUAUUAUUGCUGCCUCUAGGCACUGCGCCUUCUAAAGGUACAAUGGUCUAAUUAUCAGAAUUGACUGCUACCUUUGAAACAAUAUGGAUAAAAUAAAUUUUGACAUAAUUCUUUCGAGGGAGAUGCUACAGAAGGGGAAAAAUUAGAUUAGUGUCUCAGACAAUUACUUUAAGUUCUCUGCUAGAAGUUUCUAAAUUAAAACCCUGAAAUAGAAAUGAUGAGGUAGUUGCACUUUUAUUCACUGAGUGGAAACCCAAUGUCUUUGGGGUGUAAAACUGACCUUGUUGAAUUCUGCCAGUUUCACAACGUGUGGGUUAGGUUAAAAUUGAUCCAGUGCAUUUACAAGGAUGCCACUGUGGUCUAAAAGAAAAAGUGAAAGCUUUUAUUUUUUUAAAAAAAGUACUUUGAUGUUUCUAAGAGAGACUGACCUAAUUAAAAGUGUACAGUUCCUUUUACUAUGGUAUAUAAUUCCAUGACCAGCAUUGACGAUGCUCAAUGAUUAGCUGAUUGUUUUUAAAUGAACGAAGAUGAAGCAUUUGUUUUCUCCUCUCCCAUGAUGGCAUUUUCUAUUCCAUAUGACGAUCUAUUGACCACACUUCUUUGAGGAUGCAGAAAUGCCUGAAGACGAGUCCACCUGGCUAAAUUGACUUCUGUUAUGGUAGAAGAGAGAAAUUUGAAACACUAUGAUCUAACAUUUUAUAUUUUCUCAUUUGGGAAGCAUUCUGAUAAUAUUACAGGUUCUGAUACUACAAAGUUAUUGCCUAAUUGUAUAGAUUAAAAUGGCAUAAAGCUGAAGAAUGUAUUGUAAAUGUAGCCAUGGUCUUAAGUGCAAUAAUCUGUAUCAUUACAAACCAGUUUAUUUUGAAUAAAACUAUAAUUUUAAAUGUG